UGCCGCCGCUCUCCUGUUGGCGCAGUAGUGUGAGUGUGAACGCGCUCCCCCGGCAAAUCCGCUUUGUGGACGCGCAGGAGAUCCGUCUGAAACGGCAGCGGAACGGGCGCACUAGGAGGGCAGUGAAACUGGACCUGAAAACCGCAGUGGUCGUGGGACCGACAUUGAAACCUGCUGACUGUCCGUGUGUGGAUUUUGUGAAUGACUGACUGUUUUCCAAACAAAGAUAAAGCGGAGCAGCAGCAAGUGAAUUUGGCACAUGAAGAACCGGAGCGGUCAUCACAGGCAGAGCUGGUCCUUUUAUUCUGGUGGGUGAAGGAGAAAAUGGCCCAGUGGAUCAGUAGCCCCUGGCCAAUAAGAGGGAAAAGGUGGCACUUGGCGAUCAUCUUUCAUGGUGCAGCCGAGUGCUCAACUUUCACGACAUGACCCCUCAGUCAGAGCUGUCUCCUGUGUUUUCAACGCCAAUUUAAAUAGGGGAAGGGAGAGGGACAGCUGCUGAAGGGAUUCUCAACCUCGCUGGAACUGGAUGUGAGAGAAUGCCUCUUCAUGAUCUCUUCUUAUGUGUGUUUUUUCCACACUAAUAGUGCAGUUUUGCAAGUGACCAUUGAAACUUUUUCUUCACGGGGAUUGUGUUGCCUGCUGGCUCUGUUAGUGUGGACUUGUAAGAAACCCCUGCGGUGAUUUGCACUCACUGGCUUGCACUACCUGCUGCAUGCUUGCCGAGGCUCACGGAUGUUGCAGCGGCAGCAGGAUCCAAGAUGGUGAGACCCCUGCUGAGGCUACAGCGCUAUUUCCGCAGGAAGCCUGUGCGCUUCUUCACCUUCAUCCUUGUGUACCUGAUGGCGGGGAGCCUGGUCUUCCUGCAUGCAGGCUUUAUGAGCGACACCACAGCAAGAGGUCGGGACAGUGGAGGGGCAGGGGACGGGGCUGGAAACAGAGUCCUGGGAGGACAUGGGCUCGUGCCUGGGAACAUCCGGAUGCUGACCAAGAGGCACGGCCCAUCCUGGCCGAAGCUGGACGACAACACCAGCAGCUGGAAUCGUGCACUGAAGGGGAGGUCAUCCAAGGAUACAGAGGAAGGAUGCGCAAAGUACAUUGGCUGCUACAUGGAUGACACACAAAGGCGAGCGCUUAGGGGAGCGUCCUUUUUUGACUACAGGAAAAUGACCAUCUUCCGUUGCCAGGACAACUGCGCUGAAAGGGGCUACCUGUAUGCAGGCCUGGAGUUUGGGGCCGAGUGCUACUGCGGCCACAAGAUUCAAGCACCCAGUGCCAGUGAGAGGGAGUGCAGCAUGGAGUGCAAGGGGGAGAGAAGCAAUGUCUGCGGGGGGGCCAACCGCCUAUCCGUCUAUCGCCUGGAGCUGAGUCAGGAGUCGGCUCGCCGCUACGGCAGCGCGAUCUUCAAGGGCUGUUUCCGGAGGCCCGACAACGUGACACUGGCCUUACCAAUCACUACCAUCAUACCCAACAUGUCUGUGGAGAAUUGUGUGGACCUAUGCACUGAGCAGGAGCUAUCCCUGGCGGUCCUGGCCGGCAAGCACUGUCUCUGUGGUUAUCCUACCCCCCAUUUCGCUUUGCAUGACCGUGAGGAUGAGGAGCUGUGCCAGCGGCGCUGCCCCGGAGAGGAGUUUGAGAGCUGUGGCACUGAAGAGUAUUUUAUAGUUUACCAGACACAGGCACAAGACAACAGGUGCAUGGACCGACGCUUCCUACCUGGGCGUUCCAAACAACUGGUGGCUCUAGCCAGCUUUCCUGGGGCAGGGAACACCUGGGCACGACACCUCAUCGAGUUGGCUACUGGUUUCUACACAGGCAGCUACUACUUUGAUGGUUCCCUGUACAACAAAGGGUUCAAAGGUGAGCGAGACCACUGGAAGAGUGGAAGGACAAUCUGCAUCAAGACCCAUGAAAGUGGCAGAAAGGAAAUUGAAGCCUUUGACGCUGCCAUUCUGGUGAUGCGGAAUCCAUACAAAGCCCUAAUGGCGGAGUUCAACAGGAAAUAUGGUGGUCAUAUUGGAUUUGCCUCCCAGGCCCACUGGAAGGGAAGGGAGUGGCCUGAGUUUGUGAAGAACUAUGCUCCAUGGUGGGCAUCCCACACCUUGGACUGGCUGAGUUUUGGGAAGCGAGUGCACGUGGUCCACUUUGAGGAGCUGAAGAAGGACCUGUUCGUUCAGCUGAAGAACAUAGUGCUUUUCCUGGGCUUGGAGGUGUCUGAGGACCGCCUGCUGUGUGUGGAGGGUCAAAAGGAUGGCAACUUCAAGCGCUCUGGCCUCCGUAAGCUGGAAUAUGACCCCUACACAGCUGAGAUGCGGGCCACUAUUGAUGACCUCAUCAUAACCGUGGACCACACCCUGAAGCAGAGAAAGCUGUCAGGGGUUCCAGAGGAUUACCAGCGCAGAUGAUCCUUCCUUCCUGAUACACAUUCCUAAGAACUUUGCUCCCUUCCUGCUUUAAGCCAAUGGUUAAGAUGCACUGUGUUCGUAGUACCAAUGUGUAUAAUAUCAGUGCUCUUAGAAUACUUCACUUUGCAAUAAUGAAGAAUGCAUAGUUCAGGUAAAGCCGCCAUGGGUAACAAAUAUUUGGGCAGUGCUAUGUUCAAUGCACAGGUGAGACUACUUCCUUUCACCUGUGAUGUGCAGGUAUGUGUUCAGUUCAUGCCUUGAGAAACAGAAAGCUCUACCUUGUUUUGGAACACAUAUAAAAUAAAAUGGUUAGGACUACAUCUGUUUUCAUAUGAAUAUGAAUCCAUUUGUUUCCCCUUCUGUUGUCAAAUGACAGUUGUGCUGCUAUAACCUGUAACUAACACGUUUGAGAUUAAAUUACACUUUACUGUGAUUGUAAUUUAAGCACAAACCUGCUGUCAUGAGCACUGCUUGCAAUAUGUUUAGAAUAUAAGUAGUGGGAUUUGCAUACCUCAGCUUGCUUCCCUGUGUUUGAAAUGUCCCCAUCAUGUCUGCCUCUGAUGCAGAUAUCCCUAACUACCAUGCAUUGUUUCUCAAAUAUCUGUAACUGGUGGACCAAAGACAGAAGACAAAAAUUGCUGUUGGACAGAGGCGUCCCAAAAAGGAGGACUGUUGCUGAGACACACACAGCUGUGUCUUAAUGGCACGCCUCUGGAAAUUAGUUUUCGCACCACAAACCUCAUGUUUGUGUCAUGAACAUUCAUGAGUGAGAAUGUCAUAAUAUAUAGCCUUGGUUAGUUUUGGCAAAUGACACAAAAUAAAAAAUAAAGGCUUUAACUCCUAUUAAUGUAGCUAUGAUUACAGCAUUUCUACUGGAAACAUGAUUUUGAGCAGGUGGUGGUGACUGAAAAAAUACUGUCUUGUUUUACAUGAUGUUAUCAUUGCCUUUAUCUGUGGUCUUAUGAAUAAGAAAUAUGCCUAUUAAUUGAGUGCUACUUCAUCUCGCUCUGUUACUCUGCUGUUAACAACACUCGUUAUGCUCAACUGAUUGUGUAAUCAGUUAGCAGUCAACAUGGCGAAUUGUAAUGAACAAGUUUAAAAAAAAACGGUUAAAUGUUGAUUUUGUAGUUAAAUUGUUUCAUUAUGAUGGGAUGAUGGCACCAGAGACUGUACCAGCAGCAAUUUUAUAGCAUUUUUCAGGAGGUGAAACUCUUUAAUUGACCUCUUCAGUUCACUUGAUUCACUUUGUGUAAUGCCUGUUAGGCAGUAUAAUAAAUUACUGAAUAAUACGCUGGGAACUUUUGAAUAUAUCUUUGUUGUCCCUCGGCCUGUGAAUUCAGUGGGUGACGAUGUGUUGAAUUGGCAAGGGAUGACAAGGAAAUGACACACACACACAUUUUCAGAACCGCCUGUCCCUUACAGGGUCGCGGG